AUGACCGGUACAGCGAUCGAACACCUAGCAAAUGGGAGAGCGCCCUCUUUCCCCCGGGGGUCUCACCUAUGCCUGGGAUCCGGCACUAUCGUAAAAGUUCAAGUCCAAUGCAAAUACCAGUGGAGGAAGGCACAAUGGGGUGUCCUUGGUCCUAGCAGACAUCCUGCCGGUAUAGUUUACAUCGAUAUAACAAUCAAGCAACCCCCGGGACACACUCCCAGUAACGCCACUGUGCUCAUUACUUUGAGCGAGCAAAAUACACUUGGACUCGACGCUAGAGGUGGUAGACGAACACAAAGGCACGUUCGAACGUCGUUAGAAUCAGAUUAUGCGGUACAAGUGACAGAGUUCUUUGGGCCCCAGUUUCUCACAGGUCCAAGAAUUGUCACUUCGGAGAUCAGGGCGAGGGCUUUCGAACCCACGCUUGGAGCUGGGGGCUUCUUUGAAUUAGGGGGAAUGGGAACUCGUCAGAGUAAGAUGAGAGAGGUUAUCGACAGCUGGACUUUCAAAGGAACGGUAAAGCGGGCAAAGAACGGAGAAGGGUUCCGGUCUCUCGAGUGGGAGCUCAACGAAAGCGAAAUAUACAACAAUCCAUUUCGAAAACACAACUUCCAUACCGGCUUUGCGUUCGAACACAGCGGAAGACCGAUCAUCAUGUGCGUUGAAGUCGAGGGUCGUCUCAAAAGCAAGAUGCGGCAAAGCAGACACAAGCUUCUGCGCUUCUGCUCGAAGUCAGGCGACACUGACAACUCGAUGACAACCGAGAUCGAUCUAUCUUCGGCAACAUCGGUCUUCAAGAAACAGCUCGACGGGAUUGCACACGGUCUGAACAUGGCAAUGCAGAAGGAAACCACGAUGACUCCCCGGUAG